AUGACUGAGCAAACCCCAGUUGUUGUUGGAUCAACUUCCUCUGUUGAAAAACAAACUACUAUGACUGAUCCAAAUCACCCUUAUUAUCUGCAGCCUUCAGAUUCACUUGGAAUGACCUUGAUUAUCUCCAAUGGAGCUGCUGAUAUGGUUAUAGCAUGGUUAUUGAACUCAGUCUUAAAGAACAUCAGGGAUAGUGUUAUUUAUUCCAAAUCAGCAAAGGAAUUGUGGAUCAAUUUGGAACAAAGGUUGUAUGGCUUUACUGAGGAUUUUGAAUUCAACAAUAAAAAAGGAGAUGGAGCACAAGCAAAAACAAAUGCAGGAAUAACUGAGGAAGUGCAAGAGGACUUUGCAAUGCAAAAUGAACCUGCUACACAUGGAUCUUGUUUGUCUAUUCAUGACUCUAAGACUUGGAUUAUAGAUUCAGGCGCAUCAGAACACAUGUGUUUUGAUUCAUCUUCCUUUUCAUCAUUAAUUGCAUUUCCUGUUUCAGUAAAGAUCAGUCUGCCUAAUUCUUUUAGGAUAAAUGUCACACAUACAGGAAGUGUACCCAUUCUACACAAUCUUACUCUUAAGAAUGACCAGUCUUUGAGGAGAGUUAGAGCUUUUGGUGAAGUGAAAGAGGGACUAUAUCUCUUACAUCCUAAAGUGUCAAGUGUUAAGAGUUUAAGCAAUGACAGUGUAGUUUCAAUUCAAAAAGGAAGUGAUUCCAAUAGUUUGUCUAGUCUUUCUUUAAAUCCAGUUUGUGCCAAUGAUAUGUCAGAUGUAAAGCUUUGGCAUGUUAGGCUUGGGCAUUUACGCUUCUCAGAAGACAGUUUGAGGUUCAUGUUAAAAGCAUCAGAUCUGACAAUGCUCUUGAGUUAG